AUGAAAACCACGACAAACGUCGCCAUUGUCAGUCCAACGACCUUUGUCUCUCUCUUCCGCCCGGUCCAUUUCGCAGACCUACACGUGGGCGUCACUCGACUGAACAUCAGCAACAGCCCCAUGUUGUCGUUGCGCCUCUCCCGUCCGCUGGCGUCUGCCACGCAGUCGUCAGCAGCGGCCUGGACCUCGACGCGAGCCCUGCACGCAACGCCUCGCAACAGCAAAGUCCACGAGGCAAAAAGCGCCGAUGAUCUCUGGUUGGCCGUCAAAGGGAAGCCGAGAGUCGUUGUCGACUGCUUCGCAACGUGGUGCGGGCCGUGCAAGGCCAUUGCGCCAGUACUAGAGACAAUGUCGGAGGAGCUACAGUUCAGGGACAAGGUGCACUUUGUCAAGUUUGACGUCGACAGGCUGCCGCAGGUGACGCAGGAGCUGGGUGUGCGAGCCAUGCCCACCUUUGUCAUGUUCAAGGACGGCGUCACGGCCGGCGAGGUGGUGGGUGCGGAUCCGAGGAAGCUGGCGGCGGCGUUGAAGAAGCUGGCUGGUGCUUGA